AUCCCUCGUCUCCGGGUCUCUCCCGAUGCCUUGGUCUUGUUGGAUGGGAGACAGCGACACACAGCAGGCAGGAUGACAAACAAGCCGACAGCCAACCAAUCCAACACAAAAAAGGAGCAGGAGAAAGAAGAAAUUCCACAAGAUGACAACACAGAAAUUGCAUAUAAAGAUGCUGGCCACUGCAGCCGCAAUACCCACAACCUGCUGCUGGGCCUCACUGUUCUCGGUGUAGUUAUGGGAACAGUAUUUGGGAUGAUGCUGCGGUACAUGAAGGUAACAGACAGCUCCAUCCUCACUAUGGUUUCCUUUCCUGGAGACAUCCUCAUGAGGAUGCUGAAGAUGCUUAUCCUGCCUCUAAUCAUCUCCAGCCUUAUCACAGGGCUCGCCGGUCUUGAUGCCCGCUCCAGUGGCAGGAUGGGUAGUAGAGCUAUGGUGUACUACAUGACCACCACUGUAAUCGCUGCCAUCCUGGGGGUCAUCCUGGUGCUGGGAAUCCACCCAGGAAACCCCAAACUGAGGGGAAGCACAGUGUCCACGGCCCCAAAAAACCAGGAGGUCAGCAGCCUGGACGCCUUCCUCGACCUGAUCAGGAAUCUCUUCCCUGAGAACCUGGUGCAGGCAUGCUUCCAACAGGUUCAGACAGUGAUGAAAAAGGUGCCAGUGGCAGGGCCGAACCAAACCGAGCCUAUCAUAGUGAACAGAAAAAAACUGGAACACAAAUGGGGCAUGAAUGUCCUCGGCUUGAUUGGCUUCUUCAUCACCUUUGGAAUCUGCAUGAGCAGGAUGGGCGAACGGGGAAAGGUCAUGUGUGACUUUUUCAACAUCCUGAAUGAAAUCAUCAUGACGAUGGUUUCCAUGAUCAUGUGGUACUCUCCAGUUGGAAUUGCCUCUCUGAUUGCAGGGAAGAUUGCAGCUAUCGGCGACCUGGAGGUAAUGGCCAGGCAGCUGGGCAUGUACAUGGUGACCGUCAUAGUGGGUCUGGUGAUCCACGGUGGCCUGAUCCUACCUGCUAUAUUCUUCGCUAUGACCAGAAAAAGUCCCUUUGCUUUCUAUUCUGGAAUUUUUCAGGCAUGGAUUACAGCUUUGGGCACCGCCAGCAGUGCAGGGACAUUGCCGGUCACCUUCCGCUGUCUGGAAGAAAACCUGAAGAUUGAUAAACGAGUGACUCGUUUUGUGCUGCCAAUAGGUGCUACCAUCAACAUGGAUGGCACUGCCCUGUAUGAGGCGGUGGCAGCCAUCUUUAUCGCCCAGAUGAAUGACAUCACCCUGGAUAGUGGACAGAUUUUAACUGUCAGUAUGACUGCCACUCUAGCCAGUGUUGGAGCUGCCAGUAUUCCCAGUGCUGGACUGGUGACCAUGCUGCUGAUUCUUACGGCUGUCGGCCUGCCAACCCAGGACAUCAGUUUGCUGAUUGCUGUCGACUGGUUGCUUGACAGAAUGCGUACCUCCAUCAAUGUGGUAGGCGACUCUUUCGGUGCUGGGAUCGUGGAUCACUUGUCAAAGGACGAGCUUGCAGAACUUGAUGCAGCAGAAAUGCUCCAACCAGAGGAGGAGCUGGAUUUCAUUCCUCCACCUCCAAUCCUCACAGAGAUGGACCUGGUGGAUCCAUUCAAACCCCCUGAGCUGCCACCUCGUUCCCCACGCCCACCAAAACUAAACCACCACAGCCACAUUUCCUCCCACUCUAUCACUCACUCGCCGUCCCGUUCAGUUCGAUCUCCAUCACCACGCUCCAUCCAGUCUCCCUCUCCGCGCUCUGUGUGCUCCCAUUCUCCUCGACCUUUCCGUACUCAUUCGCCAUGCAUUCUCCACAGGACAGAGCCGGGCUACUGCGUCCUGCCCAGCCAUGAUAAUCAGAUUUCCACACUGCCACGCACCUACAGAGAGCGGGACAGAGAGAGGGACAGAGAGCGAGAGCGACUGAGACGAGAAAGUGAAACAGAGGAAGAGGAUGAGAGAGAGAGAGUUCUGGGUGAAGUGAGCGAUGGCGAGGAGAGUGAUGAUACUGCUUACGAUCGGAGGCAUGCCAUCCCUCCCUGUGACCUGCCGUAACUACACUGCACCAGCUUAAAGCUUUAAUGUUUUUAUUUCCGUUUCCGUUUCAUGACAGAUCCUCACACUUUCAGCUUCACUGUUUACCAGGAUUCCAGAAGAGGUCCAGAGGAGAUUUCUAGCUGAUUGCACUGCUAAAAUCUGACUGACCCGUAAGCUUGCACGGAGCUCAGUAUGCAUAGAUGUUAAAUAUUGUGAUGACGACAUCUUGAAACACCUCUGAGAGGGACCCUUUAAAGCCAGGCAUGAGACUUGCUCUGUGCCAGAAAACUGCAUUUGGUCUGUUGUUGAUAACAGAAACUGUUCAGUAAGUUUGUCUGUGUUAUUAUGUGUCUUUUAACCAGUUUUUUUCCUAAACUCAUUUUGUUCUUUUUUACUUUAUAAGGGAAUCAAAUUAUUUACCUCUAAAAGAAAAGUUUUACUUUCGAAAAAUGUUCUCUUACAGAGAGAAUCUUGCUGAUUCAAUUUGUCUUUAAAUUACAUUUUGCUGGAACCAGCUGUUGGUUAACUUAACUUAGCACAAAGCUAGGUUGUUUUUGUCCAAAGGUAACAAAAUCUACUUUCCAGCUAUUCAAAAACUCAAAGGAUUAAGUCCCAUGAAAUAAAAUGUUACGUUUUUAGUAGUAUUUCUUGCACUAAAAAUUAUUUAAAUGUCAGUUUCUGACAAAAAAUAAAAUAAGAUAAAAUAAAAAUAAAACACUUCAGUUGGUAUAUUCUUAAUGUAAUUUUGAAGGUUUAGAUUUCCUCAAAGACAGUAUAAAAUGCUGAUGACUCAUUCUGUACACAAGGAUGUUUACUAGCUGGUGCUUUCUCAGGAUAAUCAGAGAAGAGAGGAAUUUUCUGGAAGGAGUGCCCCAAGUGAUUGGUGACUUUGGCACUAGUUAAAUCUAUUUUUUAGACCCGUUCAACAACUCCUUAUCAAAUCAGAAAUUUCCCCAGUACUGCUCUGUAUAAACAAGAUUUUUCCAGAUGCGGGAACACCUCUUGUCUGCUUUCACUCUGCUCACUUAUUGCUUGAUAGGAGUGAAAGCAGCACCUUUGAGCUGUUUAUGCAUCUGCCGUGUUGUUGUUGUGAUACAUUAGGAGGCUUGGGACUGUACAUAAAGCAUUUGAGACACUCUGUUGCUACUUUCUCUCUUGGUGAUCAUCAUACAUGUAAAUAUACUAGCUAAAGUCACUACACAGUUGUUGUCUUUCACCUACAUGGAUUGUUUUGUUAGAUAUAUUAUUUUAUCAGGGAUGAGCAACAGAUGGUCUGAUGGUCCCUGUGAGCUUACACAGUUUUAAUAUGAGGCUUUUCAGUCACAAUGUAACAGCAGACAGAGAAAUAUGAAGAGCAGCUUUAUUGGGUAAUUUUGACUGUGUUUACUGUAUAUGUGACCACGAAGAAUAAGGGAGAUGUUAACAGAUUUACAGGACUUUCACAAAGCAGCAUGUAAUGUUAUACAUUCUGUAAUGUGUCAAAAUUUGUAUCAUCAUUUAGCAAAAUGUUUAGCUACUGUAAAAGCAAAUGGCACAUUGCUAGUUGCAAUUUGUCCCUUUAGUAGAUGUUUGGUGCUUGGCUUGGCUUUGCUACAAUCUUUGGUGGCAUAGCUGUUGGUCCCAGUUAAGACAUAUGGUCAGAUAUUUUUCUGUAGUCAAUGUUUCAUAUUAAUGAGUCAGACUAGCUGUUUUCUUUUUGUUAGCAUCUGUGCUAAGCUUAGCUAACUAGCUUGUUGUUGCUAGCAGAGUCUCAUAACUCUGAAAAAUACAGAGAUUACACAUUGUUUAAAGCAUCAAACUAGUCUUUUAAAUGAGCUUAAGAAUACCAACACAGUGAAAAUGUAAAUGAAAGAAAUGUGACAUUGGUGCCCUUCCAAAGUUCACCCUGACAGCAGUCACUGUUGAUGUUAAUAUUGUCUAUACCACCCAUGGUUUGUAUUUUCUUGUUGUGGUCUGGUGUGUGAAAUGAUGAAUACUCAACAACAUGCUGUUUUAAUUUUGUUGUAUGUUUUAAAAUUAUUAGCUAUGUUACUUUAAUUUGCUAUUUUAACUUAUUAAUUACUGUAAAAUUAUUUUAUUGGCCUCCUCUGUCCCACUGAAUUGCCUGUCAUUUCAAACAGAAGUUUAUCAAAUGCCUCCCCACAUCCUCAAGUCUUAAUUCAAAUUCACAG